AUGCUGCUAGACGCUGGGGCUAAACCAGACGCCGUCGACGGCGAUGGAAACACGCCCCUUCUCACCGCUGCCAAGACGGGAGCAGCCGUGCUGUGCGAGAUCCUUCUCGCUCGUGGAGCAGAUCCUCGCGCCAGGAACAAAUCGGGAUCGAACGCCCUGCUUUUAGCGGUGGAUGGAGACAAUUCUGCUGAGAACUCGGCAUGCGUACAGGUUCUUCUAGAUGCAGGUUCGGACCCUCACGAGACCGGACCGGAUGGAACUGUUGCCCUGCACGUGUCGGCUCACAAGGGACAGACAGAGGUUUUGUGGUCCCUCCUCCAGCACGGGGCACGCGUUGAUGUUGCGGAUGUCUCUGGCCUGACGCCACUCGCGUACGCCGUGAGCAAUGACCACGGGGAUGCUACAGGCCUCCUUUGCGACUACGGAGCAAACCUGGACUUGGUGGACGCCGCCGGUCGGACAGCUCUUCACGUGGCCUCCCAAGAUGGGAAGGUCAACGCAUUGGCCGAGCUUCUCGGGAGGUCGGUCAACGUCGAUGCCAAGGACGCCAUGGGAGAGACUGCUCUUCACUACGCAGCCUACUCGGGGAAGGUUGAGGCGGUGCGAGCGUUGCUAGAGACUGGCGCCGACCCGUCUUUGCAGAGCCUGAGAGGGGACAACGCGGCGCAUAUCGCGUCAAGGGCAGGAUAUGUUGAGAUUGUCCGAGCUUUGGUGGAAUAUGAUGUUCGCAUCGGACAGAGGAACUGGCAGGAGUACACCCCCUUCGGCGAGGCGAGGAUGAACAAUCACUCCCAGGUGGCCGAGUUCCUCUCAGGCAGCUUUGUUCGGCUCGGGGGUAAAGGUCCCUCGCUGGGCGGAAACAACGGCGCAAGCACGACGAUUGCUGAGCUGGACGAUGCCCAACAGCAGCAGCAGGGUGGGAAUGAGGCACGUGGGUGGGACAAGGAGAUGGAAGACAAGGUCCAAGGGUGGGAGACGGAGUGGGAUCAAGACAAACAGAGGUUCUACUACGUCAACGCUGAAACGGGCGAGACCAGCUACACGGCGCCGUUUAAGAUAUCCGCGGAUCGAGUCGAAGAGUUGAGGGAAGGCGCCGAGGUGGAGUAUCUCCGAAAAGUGGCCCCAGUAAACGGUGAAAGCCUGCUUGGGCUCUCCGACUACAGGGAGGCUUUCCAGGAAGAGAAAACGGAACUGGACACGCACAAGCUCAGACAUCAGGCGGCCGUAGUGAUUCAAUCGUGUUGGAGGGCUCGGAUGGCCAGGAUUGAGGCGAACCGCCGUCGAAAGGAACGAAGAUGCGCCAGCGUGAUUAAUCGGCAAAUGCGACGGUUUUUGGGGAGAUGUCGGCGAAAACGCUUGGGGCAAGUGAUGUCGGCGUGCCUGAUGCUGCAGAAGAUCGUCCGAGGAUGCAUGGCCAGGCGCCGACACCGCGAGGGCGAGGCGGAGAUGAAACGCUUGCGGGACGCCAACACCCUGAACCGCCUGGUGACGAGAGUCUACAGAGGACACCUGUACGGUAGAAGGCCGGCCAGACAACUCAGGGCGCAACGGGAGGCGUCUUGGUGGGGUCCUUCGGAGUGGGAGGCGGCUCGGCACGAUGCCGGCGAUCCUUUGCGAACGUUCUUUGGUUGGACUGGCCAGUGGGAGGCCUACCUUCUCCAAGGCUCCGUGGACGUGAUGUUCUACAGAAACGCCGCCUCGGCAGAAUACACCUGGGACUUGCCGGAGGAGUGGCAAUCGCAAGACGCCUUCGAUUUCUACCAAAGAGAGCACACCCGCAUACACGGGUUCACCGCGGAGGAAGCUGAGGCGGCAACGUUGCUCCAGAAGGCGUGGAGAGGAAAGACUUCUCGGAACCACUUCAACCUUUUGAUGCGCGCACAGAAGAUUUGCAAGGGUGCGGAAGCGGCGUACCUCGCAGACCCGGACAACUUGCGCAGCCAGAUCAAUUACAUCCUCUUCACGCACGUCAUUGACAAGGACUACAACCGUUCUCGAAUCCUCUACACAACCGCUUUGGCGGCUAUGGAGCAGCGAGGUCCGGACGUGCAGCUGCUGCUCUUUGCCUUCGCCAUCUUCUGCUUUGUUACGAGGGAGGAGGACUUCGUGUCGAUUCUUGCUACGGUUGAGCGGGCCAUCGAAGCAGGGGCGGCGAGGGAUGAUGCCGAUGGCAUUGGCCGUCGCUGGCCUCCCGAGAGCUACACGUCAAGGCGAAACCCGAAGCGGUUUGCGCUGGCGGAGGCCGGAUUCUUCCGCUUCGCCGCGUACAACACCAACGAUGCCGAAUCGUGGCACAACUACGCGGCCUGCAGGCAGCUGGCCUACGGCGACUACGCUGGCGCUUCGGAGUGCUACUUGAAGGCCAUCGAGAAGAACCCCAAGGACCCUAAACUGCAGGCCAACUACCAGACCUUGAUGGACACAUUCCCAGAACACUCUCAGGGGAGCAGCACCUUCGAGAGCCUCAGCACGCAUCACCAAUCGCAGGCGGAGAAUGACAAGAGACGACAGGACACGGCGUCGGCCAAGUUUUUACAACGACCCGAAGUAAAACAGGCAGUUAUCAAGAUCGAGCGCGCCUACCUCCGGAGUCGCCAACGACAGAUCGACAGGUUCGGCACUUACCUCGGACCCACGGGAAUGCUACUGCGUGAGGUUCAGGGUGAAGCGCUCGCGCAUCAACGGGAACACACGGCUAGCAGCCCAAGCAGCAACAAUCGUGGACGGCAACACGACCAGCGUCAGCAGUCGGUUCCACCACUACCUGCACUGUCAAACUCCUCAUCACCGGGGCGUGAGCCUCGUGGUCCUCUGUUGCUUCUUCCGCGAGCCGCUGGUUCCGCUCUAUCCGGAGAUGAUGGACGCAGCCAGGGUAGCAGUGCAAGCGCCCGUGUGCACCAAGGAGUGGAGAGGCCCUAUAUGACAGGUUCCGACACCUCCCGGAAAGAAUCCGGGCCAAUGGUGCCUGCUCUUUCGGGGCCGAGCUCUGAUUAUCCUUCGCGUUCUCUGGGAUUGGUACCUCCGGGGUGGGAUAUCGCCGAGGACGAUGCCGGGAACAAGUACUACUUCAACGCCGCCGCCGCUGGCAGAGAUUUUUCGACACAAGCAGCAGCAGUAGCAGGAGAUGCAGCCCACGGCCAGCUAUCGGGAGGGGAAACGGUCCACACUAGGCGAUAUUCGGAGAUAGCGGAAAGCAGCCAUGGUACCGAGAAGGAAGAAGGUGGAGAGCUGCCGGCCUUUCCAGCAGGCGACGCGGAAAACGCCACUACCGACGCAGGCUUGGCCGAACACGUUGGUGGCAGUGAACCUCCUCUUCCUCUUCCGGAUGGGUGGGAAGCUGUCGACGUGGGCGACGGGAGCAUUUACUACCACCACGUGCUCUCGGGGCUAACACAGUGGGAGGUGCCACGCGAAGAAGAGCCGCAUGAGAUCACAACCGCAAUGGCUGCUACACCACCAGACGGAAGCCCGUGGGAGGAGUUCAAGACCGAGGAAGGCGUGCCGUUCUGGUACAACUCUUCCACCGGCGAGAGCAGCUGGUCACCUCCCGGCCACCCCGCGGGUCGAUGA